CCUCCUGUCUGUCGGAGGCUGUGAGCUCCUGUUUGCAGCCGGAAGGAGGGAUCUCGGUCCCCACCGCCGCUCGCCCAGACCUCUCGUUGGCUCACAGGGUUUAGUCGGCCCCGCCCAACCCUGGCCACGCCCACCUCUCUUGCCCUGCCCCGUCGUGUCUUCAAUGGCCCAACAGCGCACGGCCUGUCUCCAUGACGACGUGGCGUCCCUAGAUCCCAGCUGCAGACCCCGCAAUCGCCCAGCCCUGCUGGGCUUCUGUGUCCGCCCUUCGCGUGACUGGCUUGACCUGGUCACAGCCCCUAAGCAGCGCUGCGGGGUCCGCGGGUCUCCCCUCUCCGUCCUCGCGUGCGUGAUCUUUGACGCCCUCGGGCCCAGCUCCUCAACCUUGCCCUCCUGCAGAUACAGGCUCGGAGUCCCGAGGCUGCCUAGACGCCGCGCGAGAAGAGCAAACGACAGACCACUGCUUUUAAUUGUUAAAGAGUCUACCAGACCAGAAUUUCAACUCCUUUGUUGGGGAUUCCACCACACUGGCUCCAGAAUUCCAGACCUUUCUAUCCAGGCCACCAAUUAAGCUACAACCUCAGUGCUUUCUUCAGUUUCUUUGCCCUGUGCAGUCUCCUGUGUGCACUAGGAACUGACUUCAUCGACCAUUCAUUCUGGGUGCCAUGACUUCAAUUUGAAGAGGUACCAAAAAGAGGAGAAGUAAGGUAGCCGAAGUUCAACAUGCUGUUUACAUGAAAACAUGAUUCAACCAAAGGAAGCAAAGUCACAGUAAGAAGAUGUCUUUGGAUGUUUAGCCAGUGUAUCACAUGCCUUUUAAUAAAUGCCUCUUUGGACAGAGACCAAGAUUGGCAAGCAAACUUUAUUCUUCACCAACACGAGUCUCUCUAAGUGUAGCUAAGCCGCUCUCAGAAAAGAAGGAUGUCUCUUCAAAGAAGACUGAAAAGAAAGUCUCUAAAAACAAUACUGAAAAGAGAAUAACUUCAAGGAGUACUGAAAAGAAAGAUAUCUUAAAUUUACAGUCUAAUCUAUGGUCAUCUUAUUUGAAAGAAAGUACAGGUGAAGAGGGCAAAGAUGCAGUCAUUGCAAAGCAGGAGAAAGUUGAUGACUAUUGCCUUCAAGAUACUGAUAAGUUGUCAGAGUCAACGAAUGAUGAUAAAAGUUAUAUCAUUGAUGAAGACAGUAAAAAUGGUACCCGAGCCCCAUUAGAGUUGAUGGCAGAAUUCCUGAGAGCUGAAAUGGGCCGAGACUACCACCUGGCAAAAAAAUUAUGUCAGAUGAUCCUCAUCUAUGAACCAGAAAAUCCUGAGGCCAAGGAGUUUUCCUCACUUAUUGAAGAAUUGCUGCUGAAGGAGGAAGCUCAGAACCUGGAGGAAAACGAAGAGGAUAGUGAAGAAGACAGCAGCACCGAGAGCGAGGACAGCAGUGAGGACCCGAGCGGGGAGAGCUCUGACGAGCGCAAGGACGGGCCGUGACCGUCGCUGCUGCGGUUUAAGCGUCGUGCAUUUUCAUUAUUGUAUACCAUACAAAUAUAAAGAAGACUCUUGCUCUA